AUGCUGGCUGUGGCCAUCUGCUCCGACCACUGGUACGAGACCGACGCUAGGAAGCACAGGGACAGGUGCAAGGCCUUCAAUACUCGUCGGGUUGACCCUGGCUUUAUUUACAACAACAACAACAACUUGCCGCUCCGGGCCAGCCGCUCACGCCUGGACCGCUGGGAGGGCAAACUCCUCCGGGCCCGGAAUCGCCGGCAGCUCUUCGCCAUGAGCCCCGCGGACGAGUGCAGCCGGCAGUACAACUCCACCAACAUGGGCCUCUGGAGGAAGUGCCACCGUCAGGGCUUCGACCCGGAGAUCGCUGCCCUCAUUCGGAAAGGAGAAAUUGAGCGCUGCACGUACAUCAAGUACCACUACUCCUCAGCAACCAUCCCCAGGAACCUCACUUUCAACAUCACCAAGACCAUCCGUCAGGACGAGUGGCACGCCCUGCACCUGCGCAGAAUGACGGCCGGCUUCAUGGGCAUGGCGGUGGCCAUCAUCCUCUUUGGCUGGAUCAUCGGUGUGCUGGGCUGCUGCUGGGACCGAGGCCUUAUGCAGUAUGUGGCAGGGCUUCUCUUCCUCAUGGGAGGAACCUUCUGCAUCAUUUCACUGUGCACCUGUGUGGCUGGGAUCAACUUUGAGCUGUCACGCUACCCACGCUACCUGUAUGGACUCCCCGAUGACAUCAGCCACGGCUAUGGAUGGUCCAUGUUCUGUGCGUGGGGGGGCCUGGGCCUCACACUAAUCUCGGGAUUCUUCUGUACCUUGGCCCCUUCUGUCCAACCUGUCCCGAGGACCAACUGCCCUAAAUCCAGACCCGAGAAUGGGACAGUGUGCUAAAAAAACAAACCCAUACAUAUAUAUAUAUAUAUAAAUAUAUAUAUAAUAUACAUAUAUAAAACAAAACUCAAUCAAGACGAUGCCAGUGCCAAGGUAGAGUUGAGUUGGCUCAGGCACCUGCAUCUCGCCGGACUUUGUGUUGCCUCAUCACCAAGAUGGGGAAAGUGUUCCCAUCCUGUGGCUCUUCCAUCGAUUCUUGACUUUUGGCUUCACAGUUUCUUGAAGACAAAGCAAACAUCACCACCUGCGAUGGCAUCUCGAUCCCCGUCACUCAUGAGCACAUGGUGGGGAGCUGGAAGGGACAGUGGCAGUGGUCUGGAGCAACCCAGAUGUGAGAAGGAAGUGCCACGCAMUGGGCCAGCAGGAGAGGACACCACCCCACGGACAUACCCCAGGGAAGCGCGGCCCCCUAGUUCAUAGAGCGGAACCACAUCUUCAAGGCCAUUUUCAGUACCACUCCUCCUGCUCUUCCUGUCUGAGCUCCUUCCUGGCCCACCAGCAACACACAAGGAGUAGACGAGAAAACAAACCAAGAAGGAAGUUUUCUCUCUGUGGCCAAACUUUCGGACAAAAUUUUAGAGGUGGGAAGGGGAGAGAACAUGCUGAGAGGCAAGAUCCACACCAAUAAAAGGACACUUCAGUGGAUGCUCAGAAAGCCCAGUCUUACCUUCCAGCUGCCUUACGCCCAGUAAACAAGAGGCCACCCCGUCCUCCCCACCUGCACUCCCUGGGCAGAAUCAGAGCCUUGGAGUAGUGGUGUGAUGUGGUGUGAGUGUGUGUGUGUAUGUGUGUGUGUGAACAUUGGGUGGUUUCCUUUAUUUCUUUUCCGCCUUUUCAGUGGAAAUAUUGCAUUUUGACCAUUGUCUCUCUAUCACUAUUGGUGGUUUCACGGCUGAGAUGGAAGCCCAGAUUCCUAGAAAGUAUGAGAGGCAGGCCUCUAUGGAUGCCAGUCCUUGGUGCUGCAGCUGCAGAUGCUUGAAGAAAAACAGAGAGAGACAGAGAGAGAGAAAGAGAGAGAGAGAAAGAGAGAGAGAGAGAACGCACAUGUGGUGGAUGCUGCCUGAGUGGGAGGUUUUAUUAUCUGUGUUGCAUUUUUUCUAUUACUUUGGGUACAACAGAAAUUCCCAGAGAGCAGAACCGAGAACAAAACCACUGGGCCAGAGGACCCUGUGGCUCUGCACAUUACAGUUCUGGAUCGCCACAGGAUCUAGUCCUCUAAUUUUGGAAGUUCAAGACACAGCUGGGCACAAAAGCCAUGAGAGAAGAGGGGGGAACACACAGUUCAGGAGGGAGAAGGAAUGUCGCCUCUGGUUGCUGUUGUACAAGUACGUAUACCAAACAAGACCUUCAC